AUGAGAGUUUGGGGAUUGUUUGCCCUUUUGGGCAACACUGCCCGUGCAGAGCAUAUAGAAGCAACGUGCAUCUGCGAGAGCGAGUGCAAAGACAAACCCGUCACAAGCCAAUGUCACGCCGACGUUAUGAUCAUGAUGGAUUCCUCCGUUUGCCAUGCUGGAGAGCGAUGGGAACUCAUCAGGAACUGGUCUUUUGGGGCUGCGAAACAAUUAAAGAGACAAUUGAACAUUGAUGACGUUAUCACAAUGGAAAGCUCACGGGUUGCUGUCGGCUCGUUCUCCAGCCGAGUGAACAACGUUCUCUCGUUCGACGAUAAUGAGCUAUCUCGCGAUGAUCUCCUCGAAAUCUCCUCAAACAACACCAACCCAUUGCUCGGAGGCAGCACAGACUACAGCGGUAUGGUAGAUAAUGUCAUUAGCGUCUUCAGCGCCCGACAAAGCCAAAAACACUCGGAAAACGACAAAUACCUCAUUCUGCUUACAAAUGGCAUUGACAAGGCAAGUAACGAAGGAGACAUCAGUCGUGUUGAUGAGCUUGCUACUCGUCUGCGAACUGCUGGAAUUCGAGUUAUUCCUGUUGCAAUUACAGAUCGUUGUUCUGCUCAAGAAGAAGCCGACAUUCAAAAUGUUUGCCCUCGAUGGGAAGUCCUCCAGCGAUGGUGGUAUCCCGCUCCAUCCAGCGGACGAAAAAUGGAACCAUUCGCAAUGACAAAUCCUGACUCUGCUCGUAAAGUCGCUGUAUUCAUCAAUACUGAACUUGCUGCCCAGGGUGGAAGCUGUCAGCAAGCACCCGAGCCAGAACCAGAGCCGCCACUUCGACUUGCCGACAUAACAAUCCUUGUCGAUGGAUCGGACUCGAUCAAAAGACAUGAGUGGCAAAAUACAAAGGAAGCUGUUCAAGGCUGGAUGACUGGCUACUGGGCUCAAAGUCCAGCUUCUCAAAUAUCGGUUAGGCAAUUCUCUGCUGAGUCUCGACAAGAGUUUGGACCAUUUGUUGAAGAAGAUGAUCGAUUCUGGAGAGAUACCAUUAUGGAUAUUAAGCAAAUGGCUAGUUCUACUGCGCUUCGAACAGCCUUGAGUGAGAUUGUUUCUGAGGAGUACACAGCUCUUAGAAACUAUCGAGAAGAUCGGUAUAACAUUCUUUUGCUUGUGACUGACGGAUGGCCGACAUCUGAUUCCUUUGAAAACAUCCAUGCUGGGGGAAAGGCUUUCAACGAGCUAUACGACAUCGUCAUUGCUGUUGGCGUUGGAAACGAGAUAGACUCAGAAAUGAUUUCAGACCUGCUUGCCGAGUUGCAAGUGCAAAAAGGACAGACUGAUAUUCAGACUGUUCCAGAUUACCAUUCUCUUGUGCAUCAGUUUCCUGCCAUUCAGUCGUCGGUUUCGAACAUCCAGAUGGAAAUGGAAUUUGCAAGAACUCGACGAGCAUGGCCAAUUAUUCAGCGCGAAACGAAUGCUCUUACUCGAAAGAGACGUCAAUCAGAUGCUAGAGGUCCUCGCCCAAGAGACUUUGUUGAUGAUGAAGCAGAAUGCAUCUGUACAGUGCCAGUUCAAAAGCUUACCGGCCUUCCUGGUGAUCAAGGUGAACAAGGUCCUGCAGGACAACCGGGCAACGACGGUGUUGAUGGACCAAAUGGUGAGCGUGGAGAACCCGGACAGCAUGGUCCUGAUGGAGAGCGAGGUCUGACAGGAGAGAAAGGUCCUCCUGGUCAACCGGGAAGAGAUGGUGCCGAUGGUGUUGCUGGACCUCGUGGUGAGCCCGGACCUGAUGGCCCUCGUGGUCCUCCUGGACCAGCUGGACCAGAUGCUGCAUCUGGGGCUGGAACUGAAGGUCCACGAGGCCCUCCGGGCCCUCAAGGUCAACCAGGAAAUGAUGGUCUAGCGGGACCAGACGGUGAAGACGGUGAAGACGGGCGACGAGGAAAACCUGGAAGAGACGGUAAUCCAGGUAGAGACGGUGUCGAAGGACCCAAGGGUCCACCUGGUAAACCUGGAGAGCCUGGCAAGUGUGAGCCUGGUGAAAAAGGAGAGUGUGGUGUAGCCGGUGAACCUGGUCAGGAUGGACCACGAGGUUUCGAUGGACACCCAGGAAAACCUGGAGAACCUGGUAACGCUGGUCCAACUGGAUCAGCAGGAAGCCCUGGUAAACCAGGGCCACAAGGACCUGCUGGUGAAAGAGGAUACCCUGGUCCUAAUGGAGAGUGCGGUCAGCCAGGUCAGCCUGGACAACCUGGAGCACUUGGUCAGAGAGGACCAAAAGGUCCACCUGGAGCACAAGGUAGACAAGGCCUUCAAGGUCCUAAAGGCCCACCUGGCGAAGUCGGUAGACCUGGAAUCGAUGGACGUGAUGGUGAAAAGGGUCCAAAAGGACCUCGUGGAAAGCCUGGACGACCAGGACAACCUGGACUUAGCGGAAACCCUGGACCGCAAGGACCAGCUGGUCCGCCAGGUAAUGAUGGACAAGAUGGUGCUCAAGGACCUGUUGGACCCAAAGGCAAUGAUGGAAAAGCUGGUCCUCAGGGACUUCCCGGACCAAAUGGUGUUGUUAAUCUGCAAGAAUAUUACGAGGACAUCAAGGAGUGGCUUCGACCUUUGGUCAAAUGCUCUAAAUGCGAGAUGGAGAAAACCAAAACUCCUGUACCGGUGAACGCUAUCUUCCUUGUUGAUGGUUCUGAUUCAAUUCGAGGACAAGACUCUGUUUUCGGCCUGAAUGAGUGGGCAGAAGCCAGCAACGCUGUUCAAGAGAUAACACGACGACUGACGAACUUACAACAGCUAUCCGUAGUGCAAUUUUCUGAUGGGGAUCCAAUCGACCACAUUGUGCAACAGCCAGUCACAAACAGCAAUCGUGAAGAAAUAAUCGAAAAAAUACAUUUGGAGCUUGAAGAUAAGCAAAUGGAACGUGGCACAAUGACGUAUCAUGCUCUUGAGCACAUCUCAGAACUCAUUAGACACAAUAAUGAUCGCGCAGUUACAGCACUUUUUGUGAUCACUGAUGGUGAGCCUCGCGAUGAUGAAGACCAAGAAUAUGUUGGAAGAAUCCUUUCCAAAGUGCAGAAUAUAUUCGAUUACGUUUUCCCGAUCGCCAUCGGCCGCGAUUUUGAGAAAGACUCCCACUAUGGCCAGGAAGCCCGCCGCAACAUGGAAAGAAUUAAAGGAAAAGUCACCAUAGAACCCAUCUAUCUGACAAACUAUGAUAGACUUUCCCAGCGCGCGAUGGAAGAAUUUACAAAGGUUCACAAAGAUAAUGCUGUUGUACGAAAAAAACGCGCUUACAUCAGCAAACAAGAAUCCGCUCUCGGAAGAAUAGAAACUCUCGACGAUUUCUCGUUGGAUCUUGAUCGAUUGUACCGUCGUCGAGCUCGACAUCAUUCAUACAAGAACUGGACGAAAUGA